AUGAAGUUUUCGUCAAUAAAAUACAGCUUGUUGCUGUUAUUUUUAUUUAUUGUUGGUAUCAAAACUGUGGAUGCGGACAGAGGGGCACCUUAUACAAAUUAUGGCUUAGCAGGAAGAAUAGCUUCAUCAUGUUCUGGAGCUGUCUCGGCCACUGCUACAUUUUGUGAUCCAACUUCGCCGUAUGCUUAUACUUGCUACUGCAUUGAUCCAAAUGCAUUGGCUAUGGUUGCUGGAUGUUAUCAUAUUCUUGACAAGAUGUCACCAGAGUUUGUUAGCAAGUUAAGUGAAAACUGUGAAAUAUCUGGACUCUCCAUUACAUUUGACCAAUUUGAAGCAGCAUAUGAUAAUUAUACUUCUCUUGCUAAAGAUUCGGAGGAUAUCAAGGAUUUUAAUGCAACCAUUCCCAUUGACAUUCCUGUCAAGUUAAAUUCCACAGUAGUAAAGUUAUACGUUGAAGCCUAUGAUCAAUUUUUGGGAAAUUAUGACAAUUCAUUAUAUUAUGGAUCUGGUGUUCUAGGAUACUGGGCUCUUAUAUCUGUGGUUGCAAUUAUUGUGAACUGGACAAAACUAUUAUUCCCAGGAUUGGUGAGAAAGUUUACCGGUCCAGUAUCAAACACAUGGAGAAAACAUGUUACGUUACCUGCAGCAGCUAGCAAAAAUAAAACCAACGAGAAACCCUUCUUGAAGGUCUUCGACUUCUUGGUGCCUUCAAGACUUGAGACUUUAAUUCUCAUAGGUUUUGUUGCAGUCACUAUUGCAUGCUGCAGUGCUAAUAUCAGAUACGUUGAGAAUGACCCAUUAUUUGCAACUAGACGUCUUGCUAUAGUCCGUUAUGUUGCUGAUAGAACUGGGAUUGUGGUAUCAGUUAAUAUGCCAUUAUUGAUUUUAUUUGCUGGUCGUAAUAACUUCUUACAAUGGUUGACUAGAUGGGAUUUCGCAACCUUCAUUGCAUUCCAUAGAUGGGUAGCAAGAAUUAUUUUUAUUUUGGUAGUUAUUCAUGCUUUUUGCUUUACCACUUCUUUCUGUAUAAGAGGCAGUUAUGCUGUACAUAUGAUAAGGACGUAUCUUAUAUGGGGAACUUUGGCUACAGUUGCGGGUGGUGUCAUCAUGGUACAAGGCAUGUUGUUCUUAAGAAGAAAAUGGUAUGAAAUGUUCUUGAUAAUUCAUAUCAUUAUGGCUGCAUUAUUCAUUGGAGGUGCAUGGAUUCAUGUUGACGAAUUAGGGUAUGUCUGGUUUUACUAUGCUACUGUAGCAGUAUGGGUAUUUGAUAGGGUUGUUAGAAUUGGAAGAUUAGUAGUGUUUGGCUGUCCUAAAUCUGAAGUGAUACUAUUAGCUGAUGAGACGUUAAAGGUUGUAGUUCCAAAACCAUCAUAUUGGAAAUCGGUACCGGGAGGACAUGCUUUCAUUCAUUUUAUGAGACCUUCAUGUUUCUGGCAAUCGCAUCCGUUCACGUUCACAAGUUCCGAAGAAGAAGACAAAAUUGUAUUGUAUUGUAAGGUCAAAGGAGGUGUGACGCAUGGGUUAUAUCAAUAUCUUGCUAAUCAUCCUGGCCGUACUACUCAGAUUCGUGUUGCAUUAGAGGGACCAUAUGGAGAGCCAACAGCAGCUAAAAGAUACGACUCUGCAGUAUUUGUUGCAGGUGGUAAUGGUAUACCAGGUAUCUACUCCGAAAUUCAUGAUUUAGCGGUCAGAUCGAAGUCCAACAUCAAACAAUCAUUGAAAUUAGUCUGGGUUGUCAGAGAGUACAGAUCAUUGUACUGGUUUUAUGAGGAAAUACUUGCAUUGAAGAACACCAAAAUCAACACUACCAUUUACGUCACGAAGCCUGAAUCUCACGCUUACGUGGAGGAGUUCAACCAUCGUAUCCCACUUAUCACAAAUGAAUCUGAUUCUGAUGCCGAUAUAGCGGUUGAAAAGAAACACGAAAAGAUCGAGGAUAGUUAUUCUUUGAAAGAAAAGGAUAUCAGUGGAGAUAGUACUGAUGAAGAUCCGGUCGAUAAGAACAGAAUUAUUGAGAUCGUGAAGUCUGAAUUGUCGCAUGUCACCUUCAAGGAAGGUAGGCCAUCAAUGGAAGAGAUGGUUCUUCAAGAAAUAGACGAAUCGAAUGGAUCAGUUGCAUUCGUUACCUGUGGACACCCAUUAAUGGUUGAUGAUUUGCGUCAUUCUGUGGUUAAGAACUUGGAUAACACGGAGGGCAAACGUGUUGAAUUCUUCGAACAAUUACAAGUUUGGGCCUAA